AUGGGUCUUGCGCUGCACGGUUUGGGUGGCGAAGCCCGGCAUGGGGACUCGAAGAAACCCCAUCUUGUAUCCUUCCUCCUUGCUCCGAGCGUGGCUCCCGUGGAAAAACUGACCGUCCCCGAAAGCCUGACCGUAGUCCAAAAACUGACCGCCGCCCCAAGUCCAAACUCAAACAUAAAGACGGCCCUAUCAAACCCAAACACAAACCUGAUUCCCAUGGAGGAGAUAAACCCCAACAUGGCCCCCAUUAAUUUUCCAAUUGCAUUCCAAUUAAGCAUGGUGCUAUAUCUGACCUUGAUCUCGUGA